GCUGUGACGUUGCCGUCGCUCCUCUCAAAUCGCGCGGACGGUCCACUGUGUUUGCAUCUAUCACGCGGCUCGAUAAAUGCCGCACGUCUCGAUAUUUUGACCCGAGAAAAGGAAUUUUGGAAGAGAAUAGCCUAUUCCAGAACAAGACUUAGACCAGCACGCUUGAAAAUGAGCGACGACACCGACUCGCCUCCCGAGAGGGAGAUGAAGGACUUCCAGUUUCGUCAGAUGAAGAAAGCCAAAGUCUUUCAGCCUUCAGGCGAAAUGCCAAGAGAGCGCUCGAGUUUGCUCGCAGUCUCCAACAAGUUUGGACUUGCGUUCGCCGGCUCGGGCGGCAUGUUCAAGGUCUACCGUACGCAAGACAUCCUGGCCGCUGAUAAACAGGACGGCAAUUCCAACACGAUAGUUGAAGGAAUAUCGGCACUCGUGGAGGUGAGGGUGGAUUCAACCCUCCAUAACUUGGCUCUCAACAGUGACGAGCUUACUUUAUCUGUAUGCGCCGUCUCCGGGGAGGCCACGCUAUUCGUCAGCUUCUACGACGUCCGCACCUUCGUUAACCAGGCACGAGCGCAGAAGUUUCCUUUUGCCUCGUGGCAGCCAACAGUGCCCCCGGAGACUCUGGUGCUGGACCUCAAGUGGAAUCCCGUUCAGGCAUCCAUGUUGGCAGUGUGUCUAUCCGACGGCAGUAUGUCCGUCCUGGACGUCGCAGACGACGUCCGAGUUCAAGCCGCUCUCCCCGCCUCUAGCGGCGUUACGUGCCUUUGUUGGAGCCCCAAAGGGAAACAGGUCGCCGUGGGGAAAAUGAACGGCACCGUCAGCCAGUAUACCCCAGCCCUUGAGGAAAAGAAAGUGAUUCCGUGUCCCCACUUUUACACCUCUGAUGACCCAGUCAAAGUUCUCGACGUGUUGUGGUUGAGGACAUUUUCCUUCGCUGUAGUCUACGCUGCUGCCGAUGGCUCCCCAGAGACCCCACCCGAGCUUGUGUUGAUCACAAUACCUAAGAAGGACGAAAAGGUGGAAACAAAGUACCUGAACUUCAGUGACACUGUGUACGGCUGCUGUACGGAGCGACAGCACCACUACUUCCUCAGUCACAUAGAAGACUGGAACCUUCUUUUGGCCGCGUCUGCAGCCUCCAUCGAAGUCAGCGUCAUCGCCAGACAAGAUGACAAGAUCUGGGAGCUGUGGAUGCUGGAGGACGCUAGCAGGGCUGAGCUGCCCGUUUCUGAGACCAGUGAAGACACGCUGCCCCUCGGCCUGGCCAUCGACUACACCAGCCAGCAGGAGAUCCGUAUCAGCGAUGAAAAGACGCUGCCCCCGGCUCCCACUUUGCUCAUGCUGUCCACUGAGGGAUUGCUUUGCCCUUUUGCACUGCUCAACCUCAACGCCGGUGUCAAGCAGCUGAUUGCGACCUGUGCUGCCCUCACAACAGAGGGCGAGAGACCCCCCAAGCCAGUUUCUCUGGCAAUGCAGUCUUCCAAAUCUGCCGCUCCCCUCCCGUCUGCCAUCCCAAACCUCGCCGUGACUUCAGUGGCCGCCUCCUCAUCUGCUGCGCCGCCCUUUAGCCUUGUUGCUCCUGCCCCCUCAUCAUCAUCGUCAUCGUCAGCCUUCACUUUCUCCUUACCGUCUGUCAGUGGCAACUCUGCCCCUCCCGCCUUCUCCUUGGGCUCGUCCGCCGCGCCUUUUGGCUCUGGGGCCUCGGGCUUCGCGUUCGGCAGUGCCAAAUCUCCGUCUGAAGCCCCCUCGGCUCCCUCUGCAUUCUCUUUCAGCACCCCCUCAAAUAAAGUCACAGCUUCGAUGCCCCAGAACCUCACCACUCCCUCCGUACCUGCAGCCAAACUCAAUUUGAGUGACAGGUUUUCAGCAGUAGAAGCCCCGGCAGCCCCGCCGCCGUCUUUCUCCUUUGCGACACCUAUGACCAAAGGUGUCGUCUCCAACGGCAGUGUGCCUGCCCUCGCUGCUGCCGCUGCCACCACCAAGCCAGCCACAGUGUCAACUCCAGUACGUCCAGUUCAAACCAGCAUUCCACCUGCGGCACUCCAAAAACCAUCGCCAGCGCUCCAGGGCCGCAUCCAAACCCCACAGGCAGCCGCAGUCGGAGUAAAGCCGGUGGAGAAGCAGCAGCAGCAGCAGCAGCAGCAGCCUCAGCCAAAGAAAGAAACUGAUCCCAUCAUGACUGGAAUACUGGAGGAGAUUUCACACUUCCAAAAGGAACUGGAGGAUUUUAAGGCAAGGAGUUCGGUGGCAGACUUUAAGGUUGGAACCAACGAGGAGAUGAAAGAACUUAGGAAAGAGUCCGAGGAUCUGAACAUUUUCACCUUGGAGAUUAAGGAAACCACAGAAUCUCUGCACAGUGACAUCGGCACGCUGAAGACCACGUUACUGGAGGGUUUCGCCGGGGCGGAGGAAGCCAAGUCCCAGAGUGAUCUCAGCAGGGACCGAAAUUACAGACAACUGCUGUACAAACGACCCCUGGACCCACGCAGUGAGGAACAGCUCAAGGAGAUUCGCCGGCUCUACCAGUACGUCAUGUUCGCUGUGGAAGAUGUCAACGAUGUUCUGGAUGUGGAAUGGGAGAAACACUUGGAGAAGAAGAAGAAGAAGAAGCACAUGCUGGUGCCUGGGCGCGAGGGUCUUUUCACCACGCUGGCAAACAACUUGUACAUCAUCAACCAGCAGAAGAACAGGCUGGACCAGCUGGUCAACAAGCUCACCUCGCUGCACCUCUACAGCAAGACGGACACUCCCACGGCCACCCGCAACGCAGCCAACUCCGGAAGUAUGGAAAGCGAGCUCGACAGUUUAAGGGAUGCUCUGAUGAAAGCCCGGCUGGACACCACCUCCCCGAAAGCCAAACGCCCAUCGCCAGUCAAGAUAUCGCCAGUUAAACAGUCCCAGCUGCGUAACUUCCUCUCUAAGGGGCACAUGCCUCCUGUUCGCUCAACUGCACCAGCCAACCUGUCCCGUUCAGCCUUCCUGUCGCCAAAAUAUUUCGAAGACCUGGACAACGUGAGCUCCUCUUCGUCCCUUUCACAGUCUAUGGAGCCUCAUCUGCCUCACUUGGAGGUGGAGGAAGAGGAGGAGGAGGAAGAGGAGCUGCAGCAAGAGCACCUUCCCAUAGCCACUGCCACCCCUUCAUACCCCCGACACCCCACAGUGGUGAGGACACCCUCCAUCCAGCCUGGUUUCGGAGCAAUCCAGUCGACACCGUUGGGCAAAAUGCAGUCAGUGCCUGGCAUGGGCUUCAGACUGAGCCCUAUCGCCAGCCCAAUUCCCACCAAUAAGAUCAACCUGAGCGGCGCCGACAGCACCGCACUCGCCACCAAAACGGUCAAGCACGGGGCGCCGCCCGCUGAGAGGACCGUGCCUGUCACCAUCCCAGCUCAACAGGCCGCAGCCAGCGCUGCCCUUCGAAGGCUGAUGGCCAAUCAGAAGACGGCUGUAGUCAACACCUCCUUGACAGAAUCCACCUUAAAAACCGUGCCCCAGGUUGUCAACGUCCAGGAACUGAAGGACAAAGGGGCUCUUGUGUCAACACCCACAAUUAACAGCUCAUCGACAGCCGACUCGGCCGCUGUGCCACUGCACGUUGCUGCUUCGAGUGCAUCCAUCCUGCCCAAGCGACAGAACCCCGGGCAAGGAGUUCAAAAGCCAUCGAAUGGAAGCACAAGCGUGCCACAAGCGAGCUUCAUGUUUGGUCAGUCGGACUCAGCUGUCGCACCUUCAAACUCAGCCGAAUCAAGUGUCAGCAAAGGUUUCUCCUUCACUUCUACCCCAUCAAGCUUCAGUUUUUCAUCAGUCACACCAGCAGCUGGAAUACCUCCAGCGAAGGAUGUGAGUGAGUUCUCCUUUGGUGGAAAUGGCAAGAUGAUAUUUGGUCAGACUGUCGAGGAGCCGUCAAAGCCCCCCUCUCCUUCGCUAACUUUUACCGUGUCAGCCACACAAGCAGCAUCUUCGGAAGCGCCCGUGCCCGUUUCUUCCUCAAUUUCAACGCAACCUCAACUUCCUAAAAUGACUGGUGGAGAAACUUUGGGCAGUUUCUCCGGGCUACGUGUCGGUCAAGGAGAAGAAGCUAAAGAUUCCUCUAACAAAUCUACCCCUGCUAACACCGCGUUCACCUUUGGAGGGACUGCAAUUGGCAAAGGAACGGCACAGUUCAGCUUCGGUAGUGAUCAGAAGUCUGCGGGAGACUCCCUGGGAGCCGACUUGUCCAAGUCCGGUAGUUUAUUCAAACCUCCUGAGGCCAACCCCAAGCUGACCUUUUGCGUGACCACAUCCAACACGCCUGCCUCGGCGCUGCACACGUCUUUUAGCAGCCUGCUCGCAGCCCCUGCCGAAGUAACAGAAGACCCAAAACCAACCCCGCAACCUUCAGAGCCCCCACCAUCGCAUGUGAAAGACCCUUCUCCAGAGCCUUCCGUUGAGAGCAUCACACCCGUAGAAACCCCCAAGCCUUUGCCAGAUGCGGCUAUCGUCAAAGACCCCGAUCCUGUUCCACAGGCUUCCGUUUCAGUCCCAGCAACGGAAGCAACCACCCUGGCUCCAAUCACCGCGGCAGAUACUGCCCAGGACGUCACGUCGGGCGCCCCUGUGAUUCCCGUACCCCAAGCAGCCUCACCGGCAUUCCAGGCGCCCACUUCUGAGAAGCCCGGCUCCAUUUUCACUCAGCCCACGACGACGGAAAGCGGCUCUACCGCCGUGACGCCUGCCCCCGCCGUCAAUGCGACGGCUGGACCCGAGGCCGUUGCGGCAAGCACCCAUGAGGCUGCCAUCCCUACUUUUGCAGUCACUACCACCACCAGUGUCGGCACAGUGUUUGGGCAACCUGCCGCAGCCCCUCCAGUCUCCGCAGCCCCCUCGGUGUUUGGCUCAUCCGCCUUCGGCACAUCAACCGGAGGUGGUUUCGGCAAGUCGGUUUUCGGCCAACCGAGCGGCUUUGGCCAACCCGCGAGCAACAACACGACGCCCAGCGGCUUCUCUUUCGGACAGUCGGCAUUUGGAGCGAGUGCCAGCGCUGUCACCACUGGAGGAGGAGGAGGCGGUCUUUUCGGAGUACCUACUCCGGGCAACGCCAGUUCCUUUUCUUUUGGCGCGAGCACAAAUGCCAGCACGUCCAGCGGCACCAGCACUGGACUGUUUGGACAGAGCACCACCUCGGCGUUUGGACAGAUCUCCACUUUCGGACAAGCGUCUCUAUUUGGGAGUAAUACCACGACGUCCUCAUCUACAGGAUUCAGCUUCGGUCAGCCGUCAGGUUUUGGAUCCUCUGCUCCGUCUGGGUUCGGCCAGCAAGCCAACACGGGGAGUGUAUUUGGACAGCCGCAGCAGCCUUCUGGCGGAGGCCUGUUCGGUUCCAGCGCUGCCAAUCCAGCGGGCCCAUCAGGCGGCAGCCUCUUUAGUGGCCUUGGAGGCAAGCCGAGCGAAGAUGCCGUCAACAAGAAUCCUUUUGGUCCGACUGCUUCCGCCGGAGGCUUUGGGCAACCUGCUCAAACUGGCGCCCCCGGUCUAUUUGGUAGUACUGUAGCCAAACCCAUUGGAUUUGGACAGGCCUCCUUUGGGGAGCAGAAAUCAAGCGGAACCUUCAGUUCCGGUGCGGGGAGUGUCGCAUCCCAGGGCUUUGGAUCCUUUGCCAGCCCAACAAAACCCGGCGCAUUUGGCAGCGCACCGGUGUUCGGGAGCCCACCCGCCUUUGGCACUUCGCCGUCAUUCGGGGCCAGUGCGGCAUUCGGUACCAGUCCCUCGUUCAGCAACGCUAUGGGCUCGUCCGCUGGGAAGGUGUUUGGAGAGGGAACGGCCGCGUCCAGCAUGGGCGGAUUUGGUUUUGCUUCCCCGUCCAGCGCGUCGUCCUUCGGGGCGCUAGCCAAUCAGAGCGCACCGCCGUCCUUCGGGGGUCUGGCCCAGCAGGGACCGGGCUUUGGGGCUCAGCCAGGCGGCUUUGCAGGCUUUGGACAGCAGCCGCAACCUGGAGGCUUCUCUGGAAAUGCCUUUGGCUCCACAAACCAAUCAAAUUCCCAAACCUUUGCUGGUUGGCGAAGCUAGUUUUACUGAUGCUACGGAAUUUACAAGCAAGUUUAAAUUUUCUUGAUUAAAAAGCAUCAAUAUGAGCCAAAAUUGGGGGGGCUGGGCUUCAUAAUUUCACAUGUAUGUGAAAGCUGUGUCGCUGUGCUUCUCUGUGAGUAUUCAUCGAAGGUAAACACCCUCCUAAUAAUUUCAUAUGUGGACAAAUAAUUCCUUAAAGUGGCAGAUUCGAUGGCCAUCAUUUUAUAUUGUAAUGCUGGGGGGGCUUAGUCCAGAUUAUUUGAGUUCAAUAUUUUGAACAGACCUGUCAAAAAUGUAUACAGUACAUAGAAAUUUUGAGGGACCCAAAUGGAACUUUUAUUUUCGUCAUAAUGACUGUGUUGUAUAUUUUUACAAAGAAAUAAAUAUGAUCUGAGGUCAA